GAAAGAGACAAACAGAUUCUGGUGCUGUUCCAAAGCCCGAUGAGAAAAAGAAAGCGAGGCACGGCCAACAUCAGUACCAACACAUCCAAAACCAAAGAGAGACACACUCACCCACCCACCCACACGAGCGGUUCUCGAGUUGCAUGCAAAGCCCCAGACUUUCAUUUUUUAUUUUUUUUACUUCUUUAAUAAAUAAAUAAAUAAAUUGGUCUCCUACUCAGUCCUCGUUCUGACAUGGGCGCCUAAGACCCUGCCCUGACCUCAUUUAUCUUUGCUUUUUUAAAUGCAAGAACAAGAGAGCAAGAAUCGUGUGGGUUCUUCUCUUCUUUUUGUUUUUAUUUUUGCUAAUGCUAACUUUGCUUUUUCCAAGCAGUGAAAAUAACUAAAAUCCCUUGCCAUUUUAAACCUUGUUUUCCUUUGAUUCUUCUCUACCCCACACAUUUGAUUAACAAGAGACUAACUCUCUCAAUUCUCAACUCUCUCUCUUCCUCCUAUUUCCUUUUCUUUCCUCUCCUUUCCCUCUACCCAAACAUUCUUCUCAAAUGGCUGACAGAGAUACCUAGCUUCUUUCUUCUUUGAUCAUCUGUUCCUUUCUUCUUAGUCCUCUUAACAGUUUUUUUUCUUGGUUUUCUUUUCUGGGUUUAUCCUGGUUUUUGAUAACAAUGAGUUUACAAAUUCUAACUAACGAUUUUAAAUGCUAUAAUGGGGUGGUUCAAGAGAUGAACUUUUUAGCUCCUCCUGCUAUUUUUUCUCAUCCAAUAGAGAGAGAUACAAAAAACUCUCGAAUGGGGUUUCAGAUUUCAAGCUCUUUAAUGGAACAAAGCAAUAAAUGUUUGAGCUUUGAGCCGCCAGAAAGCAGGGGAAGUAAGGGAGUUGCUGCUUGUGAUGGAAAAGUUGGGUUUUUGGGUGUUGAAAAAAGUGGACUGUCUUUGAAUUUAAGUGGUGAAGAUGAAAGUAAUAAGAACUCUGGUGCUCUUGGUGGGACCAAAAUUGGACACACUAAGCUUUGUGCUAGAGGUCAUUGGAGACCAGCUGAAGAUUCUAAGCUGAAGGAGCUUGUAGCUCAAUAUGGGCCUCAAAAUUGGAAUUUGAUAGCUGAACAUCUCGAAGGAAGAUCAGGGAAGAGUUGUAGAUUAAGAUGGUUUAACCAGCUAGAUCCAAGUAUUAACAAGAAAGCUUUUACUGAGGAAGAAGAGGAGAGGCUCUUAGCUGCACAUAGGCUGUACGGUAACAAAUGGGCAAUGAUUGCUAGACUGUUUCCUGGCAGGACUGAUAACGCAGUAAAGAACCACUGGCAUGUGAUCAUGGCUAGGAAACAUAGAGAGCAAUCAAGCAUUUAUAGAAGGAGAAAGCCUUCAUCUUCUUCUGCCUCUCAGGCCCUCCCUAAAGGAUUGGAUGAGACUAUUCAAAACAAUGCUUGCAGUGAUCAAUCAAUCAUUUCUAGCAACAUAGAUGAAUCUGCCUCUACUUGCACUGAUCUAUCCCUCACUCCCUCAUCAGCUAAAGUGCCCGCUGGAGUUUGCACCUUUUUUAGUCCAGUUCACCAAAUGGGUUCAUCAGGUCAAAAAGUUGUGACCAGAGGAAAUGGGGAUUUUGACAAGUUUUAUGGCACCGGUAAUGUAUUUUACCAACAAGGACCAAUGGGAGUGGUUAUGGGUGUGGACCAAUCUACUCACUCAUCAGAUUCAAACUCAGAAGUUUCACCAGCUGAGUCAGUGGGCACAAAUAGGACCAACCACUCCAUGUCUGGGGAAAGUGGAAAUGGAAAUGAGAAGAUCAACCUGCCCUUCAUUGAUUUCCUUGGAGUAGGAGCUUCUUAAAGACUAUUGGGUUGCUCUUUUUUUUUGGUUAAAACUAAAGAGAUCCAGCUGAAAACAUAAGAAAAAAGAGCAAAACUUUUGUUGGGUCCAAUGGGCAAAAAUUUUGAGCUUCUGCAGUUGGUCAUAUCAUCUCUGUAGUUUUGUAUAUACAGUUUAGUUCCAUAUAUGGAACCAAAAGAGAACUAUAGUUUAAAAAAAUAGAGAAAGAGAGUUCUAAGCUGUUAUGAGUUUAACAAUAUAAUAAAGAAAUUUU